GUGACGUCAGCGGGUGUUUGCGGAAGUGAAGUGCUGCUGGUGAUGGCGGGGGAUCAGCACUGGCAGAGAGGCUCCGGGGCUUCCCGGGAUGUGGACCCCAUGGACAGGUUCCUGUGCCCCAUCUGCCUCGAGCUCUUCGAUGACCCCGUGAGGGUGUCGUGCGGUCACACAUUCUGUAUGUUGUGCUUCGAGCAGUGCAUGACACAGAGGAGCCCCACGUGCGCGGUGUGCCGCAGCAGGCUCACUCCCGGCAUUAAGGCGUAUGACUUGGAGAAGCUGAUGAGGGAAACACAAGCCUCUUGUAAAGGUUGCAGUUCCAAGAUGCUCCUCUACAACAUGCGGGCCCACGCUGUAGUCUGCUCUCAGUACCAGAACUAUGUUAUGGAAGGUAUCAAAUCAGUGACAAAGGACCAGUCACCGCAGGCCAAAGAUGUCCCAAACCGGUUCACCUUCAUCUGCCCUUAUUGUCAGGAACAGAACCUGGACCAGGAAGGGCUAGUGGAUCAUUGUAAGAAGUUCCAUUUUAGUGACCCCACACCUGUGGUUUGCCCUAUAUGUGCCUCCAUGCCAUGGGGGGACCCUGGCUACAGAAGCGCCAACUUCAUGGAGCAUAUUCACCGUCGCCACAGAUUCUCGUAUGAUACUUUUGUUGAUUAUGAAGUGGAUGAAGACGCUAUGAUGCGAGAAGCACUCGUGCGAUCAUUAAAAGAUAACUGACUGUAGCACCACC